GUGGUGGUAGUGGGAGCUACAGGGAUAGCCGAUACUCAAGUGAUAUGGGAUGGGCUCAAGGAAAUGAAAAUUAUUAUGCUACCCAAGACACUGAUCAUGGAUAUCGUCCUGGUAUAGAAGCUCAAAGAGAUUUUCUAAAUAGUUUAACAGAAUUUUCAAGUGAAGCCGAUGCUUCAAAUUUUUCAGAUACUAGGAGAUAUUCUGGAGUUCACGAACAUAUGCAAGACUUGAAUAUAGGUUAUUCCUAUGGAGAUUCUUCUCAUAGCUCGAGUAAUAGAUUGGGGAGACAGGAGUGGGACCAACCAAAUGCAUAUCAUAAUCCCUAUUACUCAGGAUACGGUUUAUCUAAUCUACCCAGACAUCUUCAGGAUUCAGCCAAUCUUCCUAUAUUUGGAUCCAACCAACCAGUUGGAACAUAUUACGGAGGGAUUACAUCUGGUUCGGGUAGUAUUGAUGAUCGUAGACAAAAUUAUGGUUCAUCAAGCAGAAGCAAUGAUAAUAGAGAAUAUCGAGGUUUUGAUGUAUAUGGAAGGGGUUCAUUCAGAGAAAAUCAAUAUGGUUCGAACAUCUCUCCUUAUCCAAGCAAUAUGAAUCCAGAUGAAAAUGAUUUUGAACCUCCACGACAUUCCACAUGGUAUUGAAUGAUGAUAAAGAUGAAAUCUUGACAUUGACGGACACAAGGCCGAUAUUUGACCGAUACACCGCGACCGAUACGCCGCGACGUAUCUGGAACGGUAAAGGCCGAUCCGCGACGCCGAUCCGCGACGGCGAACCAUGAUUGAAGACGAAACUGUGAUCCUCGAUGCCGACGACGAUGUCCGGUACCAGAGAAGCCGUAUGAGGUUCGACCGGAUUAGGGUUCUAGAGGAUGAAACCGCCGUCCUUGUGGCGGCGCCGCCGCCCAUUGGCUCGUACGGACAGGUUAGUUUUCGAGAAUUCGAGGAUACUGUUUUCUUUGAAGAAGACGGCGGCGAUUUUGGGUUGAGGAAAGAGACGAUUUUGAGACGCCUGAAAACGAGAAAUUGCGUGGGCGGAGAUGACGAGAAUAACUGCGCAGUCUGUCAGGAUAAUUUGCGCGGGAAGGAUUGUUGUGGUAUGGUGGGAGUGCUUCCUUGCAGACAUGAGUUUCACGUUGGGUGUAUUGUGGAAUGGCUGCAACGGAAGAAUACUUGCCCGCUCUGCAACGCCACUGCCGUCAUCGUCGCCGGAGAAGAAGGGCACGGCCGGGGGCAGAAUAGUCUUUAUCAUUAGGUUCGGUGUGUUCUGUUUUCGGCUGUGUAUGCAAUGACAAAAACAAUUGAACGAAUGAA